AUGGAGGCCCUGAAACUGGAGACCCAGCAACCUGAGCUGCUCGGAGGAGCCAGCUACGUGUCAGCUGGGCAUCUGAGCGUCUCUGAGGGGGAUGAAUGCUACGCGGAUCUCUUGACGUCUCGGGUAGAGACUGCACCUCAGACGCGUGGGUUACUGGGCUACAGCGGCAGGCACAGGGCUGACGGGUGGCUGCCAGACCUGGAAAAGGCACAAAGCCACCUUGCACAGGUCCUCAUCCAGGACAAUGAGGUGCCGAGUGUCGUGGAGAGGACGUCGUCUUGGCCUAGCAUUCCCGAUGACGCAGUUAGCGCUGAGUCAGCACCGGCGUGCGUAGACACCCUCGCUCCUGCGGCCCUGUCUGGUGGGACCCCAGAGGGCGGCAAGGGUCCUCUGGGGAGCUGGGGAACCGCCCGCCUCAGGUGUACCCCCGGGAGGGAACAGGUUCGACUCUGCGAGCUGGGCUCUGUUAAAAACGGCUGGCUGCCCAUUCACAAGAGAGCGCUGCUGUUUGACGUCCCCCUGCAUGUGCACGACAGUGACGACCCUCCCAGCCUGGAAAAAAUGAAGGCUUACAUUGCUGCUACCACCCCCAAAGGGUACACCAAGAAAUGGAAUGGAAAUGGUCACAUAGAUGGAACUCAAGUAGAGAAUUGUGCACAACCCAAGAGCUUUGGAGCGUUAAGGAGUCCAAGCAGCCCAAAUGUAAACCAGGCAUCAAGCUGCUGGAACAGGGACAGGGAGAGGAACAUGUAUGAGGAGAAGACGACAUGCUGGCCUCCGCACUCUGGUCUCGUCCAAUCGAACAACUCCCUCGUGGAUGGGGGUGUAGCUCUCUACCAGGGUUCCUUGCCACAGAGGAUGUCGAGUGCCUCUGGAUCCCCGUGCUCCAAGGACACAGACCCUAAGAAUCAACCUAAAACAAGCUUCUCAUCCAUCACCAUCACAGCCCGGAGGGUCCCUCAGACUGCAGGUGCACUCUCUCAGGAAGGCCCAGAGCCUGGCUUCUCGACCCAGGCAAGGGGCCCAGUCACACUGGGUGGGGACCUCUUGACCCAGGCCAGGAGCCCUGGAUCCCAGGCUGGGGACCUCUUGACCCAGACCAGGGUCCCUGUAGCCCAGGUUGGGGGCCUCAAGACCAAGGCUUCUGAGGCACACCCUGCCCCAGCCGGGAGCUCCAUCCAAAUCCUCACCCCACUGCGCACCGUUGCUGGCGGUGAACAUGAGCCAGUCGUGUUCAGGAAGAAGCCAGUAGCCAUAAAAGUGACAGAGUACCAGCAGUCCUUCCACCCAGGCGAGAGGGCAGCUGCAAGCAGGCCCCCGGUGUUCAGACACAGUUACAGUGGGCACGACCAUAACACGGACGCCCUCGGCUUCCCAGGCCGACUGCAGGACCCCAGAGCCCAAUCGGUCCGGUCCUGCGCCCACCUAGACCUGCCGGCCAGGCCUACCAACUCUGUGCUGUACCUGGACAAGUCCCUGUCUGUGUCUCUGCAGGAGCCCGAGAGCAGGAGGGAGGUACACAGGUCCACCCUGUCCCUCUACCUGUGCGGGGUGGCCCCAGAGGAGGCUUCGGACGGGCCCCGGAGGUCCCUGAGCUGCUCGGGCCGGUUCGUGAACCCGAACACUGCCCCAGCCGAGCUCAGUGCCCCCGGCCUGAAGCUUCCUGGGAAGUCGGACCCCAGUAAUGUUAGCGACAAGCCCUCCAGGCCAAAUGCGCACUCCUGUGUUUUGAAACCGUCACUCGGAGAUACACGGUCCUGUGUUUUAAAACCAUCACUCAGAGAUACACGGUCCUGUGUUUUGAAACCGUCACUGGGAGAUACACGGUCCUGUGUUUUGAAACCAUCACUCGUUGAUGUACGGUCCUAUGUUUUGAAACCAUCACUGAGAGAUGCACCCUCCUGUGUUUUGAAAUCAUCACUUGGAGAUGUGCAUCAGCUGCGGCCAGAGACCGACAGGCACGGCGGGGAGCCGGGCGAAGAGGCCCGGCAUCUCUCGGGAGAUUUUGAGAUGCGACAUCCUGUUUGCAAUCAGCCGCGAGAGCGGGUAGUGCAUAAAGGCCUUGGCAUGAUCUUUGGCCGCAGCCCUGAUCCGGUUAUAGCCGAUAUCAAGCAACAAUGGAAAACCGUGCCAAAAAGCACUACUGCACAGUCUUCAAAGACACCCUCUGACUCUAGUGUGGCACUGGGGGAGGAUGCUGGGAACCAUUCAAACAGCCCUCGUAUUGAGGGUGUGGUCCGGCGAGGCCCCCGGAGGACGGUUUGUGAAAAUGGACCGUCCAGGCCUGCCAGCUGGACAGGGUCCUUCCCCAUAUCACAGAGCAGUACAUCAAAUUCCCUCACUCUCAGAGAAGCUCUCGAGCUCUACCGCCCGGACUUCAUCAGUCGCUCUCAGGGACGAGUGAAGAAGCUGGAGGAAAGGGCACAGAAGAGGAGGGCUGAUCUGAACUCAGAUGCGCAUCUGGAGCCUGCUCGAGGCCGGCGGAGGAGGAACUGCACCAAGCCUCACCCUCUCAGUGAUAACCUUUUCAAACCGAGGGAAAGGAGUAUUUCCCAGAAAGAUAUGCAGCUCAGAUCCAAGCGGAUCUACAACAAGCUGCCUGAAGUCACGAGGAAGAAGGAGGAAGAAAAGAAGAAAGUCCUGUGUCAGACCAACAGACUGCGGGCGGAGAUUUUUAAAAAGAAACUUCUGGAUCAGAUUCUUCAGAGAAGUGGAGACCGAGAGCUGCACAAAAGCUGAGUGGCGGGGAAGGAGAGACCACGCGCAGCUGCGCUCUUUCAGUCGUCAGACUCCGGGGUGUUCGUGCUAACCCAAUAUGCGACGGAAGAUGAACAAUUCAAGAUUUCCUGUUGAGAAUUCAGCUGGAGCAUCAAUUAUUCAAUACAGCAUUAUGGACAGUGUGAGUCACACAGCCCCGGUAUAAAGUGUUUUUAUUAUCGGGCUUAAAUGAAUUAGGAAAGAUAUAUCAAAGUUCCUUAUAGAUGAAUUUGAUAUUUCUGAAAGAUAAUGCGAUAAUUGGCCAAAAGGAAGAGUAUUUUUUGAAGAGGUUUUAUACAUCAGAGAUAUUAUUUCAAUGGAACAUUUGAGGUCACUCCAUGUACAGCAGUUUGAUUUUCUAACUCCGUUCUUGGUGUAAGCUUAUGAGGCCUUGGCCUGUUGAAUGAGUAAUCUAAGGACAGUCUGCUCGGUCUUUAGCUUGGCCUUUCCUCUCUGACAUAGUGUGUAGAUUGGGCUUGUGUGCACAGACUCACCAGCAUGUUAACUGUCUGCACUCCUGUCAAUAUGCGUACUGGGAACAAACACUAAAACCUGGUAAUUUAGGUUCAAGCCCAGUGCUGAAAUCUGCUGGUUCUCUACGAGGAUGUAAGUUAGUUUUGCUUGAAAGUCAGUCACCUGUAAGCCUCAAGCACUUUUGUACUAAAACAAAACUUGAUACUUGAUUGAUAUUUCAGACAUUUUCCAGAAUUUUGAGAAGCUUUUUUGGUUCAGCAUAAAUGUUGCCUCUGGUAUCAAGCAGCAAGUAGCCGAAUAUUUUAUUUGUUAAAUAAAUGCCUGUAGUUGCAUA